CUUAAUAUUCAUAAGGACCUUAAUGUUUUUUAACAAAAUUUCAUCUGGGCUUCUUAAAAUUAAUUCUUCGUGUUAUUAUACGAAAUGUAAAUUACAGGCACUCCAGCAAAUUGAAGCAGAAAUUCCAAUGUCAAUUGAAGAACAAAGGGAUGUUCUUUUGAAAGCGAUCAAUAAAAGGCAAAACCAACUCGUUACCAGAGAAAGUAAUGAGAUUCUUUGUUUAAGCGGUGAUGGUAUUGCAGAAUAUGAAUUAAGUAGUUACGAUACCAGUCAUUUUAAAGAAGCGAAAAAACGUAUUACCGGUGAAUUACGAAAACGAGAAGAUUUCGACGAACAUUUAGAACACCUGGAGUUGGAAAUUAUUGAGAUAUAUAAACAAGUUCUUCGGUUCACUAUACACGACUGUAUUCUUCUGGAUGUUGAUGAACGAAAAAGAUUGCUUAUAGAAAAAUCGUUUAUGGAAUACCCGGUUUUAAUUAUACGCGCUCCUCUUCCAUGGCAUCAAUCUAAACUGUUGUCACAGAAUUUUAUGCAACAUAACCUAUUUAUUGGCAACGCGAUCUUGAGAGAUAUUCAAAAUUUAUAUUUCUUCAAAUAUCAAGAUACAAUGAUACUCAACAUUCAAGAUAUCGGGGAACUUCCUAUCUCAGCGUUCCAAAUAGAAUCUAAAAUAAAUUUGUUAUGCGAUAAAGCAAAAAAUAAACUUAUCAACGAAUGGUUGGCUGAUAUUGCUGAAAUUUUUCUGGAAAAAAAUUACGCUUGGUCUUGCCUCGUCGAGGAGCACUAUAACGCAUCCACGACACUGAUCGAAAGAUACUUUUUAAGUGUAAAUACUCUUGUAUCCAGACAAUUACGAAUGAUCGUAAUGAAAACGCUGAAUCAUAUCAGAGACUUUUUUAUGGAGUAUAGUAGCGGGAAUAAUUUCGUGGGUAAUUACAAAGAUCUUAUGUUCUUCAAAUUACCUUUUAUAACAAUAAUAGUCGAACCAGAGAUUGGUACGCCGUAUUUACAUUGCAAACCGAGUAUCUCGGAAAUGCGUACAACAAUUUCCCGAUGCAUCGAUAAAAUCAUUACAGUCGCAACUAUAAUUCCGAGAAUCGAGACUAUUUUAUUCCCUGAACUGAACAAGAAGGAUUUCUUGUUUUCUGUGUCACGAGACGAAGAAGAGAUUUCACAGAUAAUCACUGAUAUUCUAGACGUUAUUAAUACUCAUACAAUGGGCCCACAAAUUUAUUUAAAGUGUUAUGAAAAUUUAUCAUACAUCGUAGACGGACAAGCUAAACAAAGUUUAGACAAAUUUUUUAUGUCAGAGCCAAUACCUCUUCUACACGAAUUUGAACAAAAAAUAAAGGACUACGAUAGUCUUAGAAAAAAUAUUUCCAUAUUUCGUAAUAAGGUUCCUUUGAAUAUGAUAGAAAUCGAUUGUACACUCGUAAACGAUACGAUAAGACAAAUCCUUUACGAACUUCGCAGCCAAAUCUGCGAUUUCUUCGCGAACGAAUUACGGUCAAAUAAUCGUGAUUUAUGCUCGAACUUCGACACGAUAGCGGAGAACAUAUCAAAGAUGCCAGAAAAAACGGAGGACGUUGUCGAACUGUACAACUAUUUAUGCGAAAGCCGAGACUCGACCAUGUUUAACAUGAGAAGACAAUUGGCGCGUUCUAUAGAGCUAUUGUUGUUCCUUUUCGAUUACGAACCGCCGACAAACGAGGACAUCCAGUUGAAUUCACGUACCAUCACGUGGCCGAAAGAAAUGGAGACCGUCAUGGAGUUAGCCCAUACCAGAUUAAACAUGAGAAAAGAAUUCCUCGAGGAAGUGCUGCGUAUAAAGAAAGACAAUUUCGAGCAAAAGAUAGAAAACAUGCAGUCAGCGAUCGAUCAAUUCAAGAAGAAAGAUCCACCGGUAUUAACGAUCGAAGUGAUGCAGGAAGCAACGAAGGAGGUCGAGCAUCUUUCUAAAGGAAUGGAGGAAAUCAGGAAGGAAGCUGAAGAGAUAAACGUGGAAGAGUCUCUGUUGGAUAUAGAAUUAAGUCCGUAUUUACCGUUGCCCACGAUGUCCGCUAUGGUCAACACAUUGGAUGAUGUUUGGCACACGGCGUUAGACUUUCACAUAAAUUACGAAAAAUGGUACUACGGUCCGUUUGCGGGCCUCGACGCGGAUGCAAUUCACGAGACAACGGAAAACAUUUGGCGAACAUUGUACAGAUUUUCACGCGUACUGACCGAUGUUCCAGGUGCAAGGCGAAUCGUAGAAACGGUUCGCGGAAAAGUAGAGAAAUUCAGGCAGCUUGUGCCGGUAUUGCAAAUCAUUUGCACGCCCGGAUUGCAAAAACGGCAUUGGGAGCAGAUCAGUAAAAUAGUUAACGUGGAGAUAGUACCCACGGACACCAGCAACCUUUCUGAUAUGAUAGCGUUUGGUUUACCGAUUCAUGUAAGCAAACUGGAAGAAGUGACGUCCGCCGCUGUGAAGGAACACGCUCUCCAGCAGAACUUGCUGAAGAUGAAGGAGGAAUGGUCCGAAAUCGUGUUCGAAUUAACGCCGUACCGCGAGACAGGCGUUUUCAUAUUAACAGCCGUGGAUGAUAUUCAAGUGUUGCUGGACGAUCACACUUUGAAAGCUCAGACAAUGCGUAGCUCGCCUUUCGUGAAGGCUUUCGAUUCGGAGAUGCAAGAAUGGGAGGACAAGCUGCUUUUGAUGCAGGACAUUAUCGACCAAUGGCUGACCUGCCAGUCGACGUGGAUGUACUUGGAGCCGAUUUUCAGCAGCGAGGAUAUCAUGCGUCAAAUGCCCACCGAGGCACAGAAUUUUCGAAGGAUGGACAAGAUCUGGCGCGGUAUCAUGACGUACGUUGCUAACAACAGACGAGUACUCGAUGCCACCGCUAUGCCAAAGAUGCUGCAAGAAUUCCAACUCUGUAACACGUUGUUGGACGUAAUACAGAAAGGCUUGAACGAUUAUCUGGAGAAGAAACGCCUGUUCUUUCCAAGAUUCUUCUUCCUGUCGAACGACGAGCUCUUGGAAAUACUGUCGGAAACCAAAGACCCCCAAAGGGUGCAGCCACACUUGAAGAAAUGCUUCGAAGGUAUAAGCAAGCUACGGUUUACCAACGAUGAAGAGAUCAUUGGAAUGAUAUCGGAUCAAGAGGAAUACGUUCCCCUCAGCGGAAAGAUCUAUCCAGCCGAUGCGAAGGGCAUGGUCGAGAAAUGGUUGAGUCAAGUCGAGAAACUCAUGGUGACUUCUCUUCGCGAUAUCGCCGAGGACAGCAUAAUCGCGUAUUUCACCACCGUUAGGGAGGAAUGGAUAUUCUCCUGGCCUAGUCAAAUAGUAAUUUGCGGCAGUCAGAUACAUUGGACCAGCGAGGUUUGCGAGUCGUUCGAAGAUCAUUCCACCGCGGAGUAUUUGGAGAAAUGCAAUACGCAAAUAGAGAACGCUGUAGCCCUGGUGAGAGGUAAAUUAGACUCGGGUAUAAGAAUAACGAUAAACGCUCUGAUCGUGAUGGACGUGCAUGGGCGCGACGUGGUGCGAUUGCUCAUCGACAAGAACGUGACCAACGUUAUGGAGUUUGAUUGGAUAUCGCAAUUGAGAUAUUAUUGGUUGGAUAAUAGCAUUACCGUGUCGAUCAUUACAACCAAUGUGGCGUAUGCGUUCGAAUACCUUGGGAAUACACAGAGAUUGGUAAUAACGCCGUUGACCGAUCGUUGCUACAGAACCCUAAUGGGCGCGUUGAAGCUAAAUUUUGGCGGCUCUCCGGAAGGUCCAGCCGGAACCGGCAAAACGGAAACUGCAAAAGAUCUCGCGAAAGCCGUGGCCAAGCAUUGCGUGGUCUUCAACUGUUCGGACGGUCUCGAUUACCUAGCAAUGGGUAAAUUCUUCAAAGGUCUCGCGCAAUCCGGUGCCUGGUCCUGUUUCGACGAGUUCAACAGAAUCGAGUUGGAGGUACUCUCGGUAAUUGCACAGCAAAUUCUAUCCAUACAAAUGGCUAUAAGCAUGAAGUCGGAGAAAUUUCUGUUCGAAGGCACGGAGAUCAAAUUGAACCCUACGUGUUAUAUUAUCAUAACGAUGAAUCCCGGUUACGCCGGUCGCCAAGAGCUUCCCGACAAUCUGAAAGUCUUGUUCCGUUCCGUGGCGAUGAUGGUACCGGACUACGCCAUGAUAGGAGAGAUUACUUUGUAUUCCCUUGGUUUUAUAGACGCGAAGAACCUGGCGGAGAAAAUAGUUCACACGUACAAAUUGUGCUCGGAGCAAUUGAGCUCGCAGAAUCACUACGAUUACGGUAUGCGAGCUGUUAAGACCGUGCUCGUCGCCGCUGGAAAUUUAAAAUUGAAAUACCCGACUCAGGACGAGUCUAUGCUGAUCCUACGAGCGAUCAUCGACGUGAAUCUCCCGAAAUUCUUGUCGCAGGACGUUCCGCUUUUCACCGGGAUCUACACGGAUCUUUUCCCGGGCGUUGAUCUGCCGCAGACGGACCGCGACGAACUGGUAGACCUGUUGAAGAUCGUUUUAGGAGACCGAAAUCUGAUAGCCACGGUCUGGUACGUGGAGAAAAUAGUUCAAAUAUACGAGAUGCUGCUGGUGCGACACGGAUUGAUGAUCGUGGGGCACACGCUGAGCGGGAAAACGAAAGCGUAUCAAGUUCUGGCGGACGCUCUGGGCGAUCUGGCUGGCAAAAGACGAGCAGUUUUGAGGGAGUUUCAAACCGUUUACAAGAUAAUCAAUCCAAAAGCUAUUACUCUGGAUCAGCUUUACGGCAGCUUCAAUCCGGUCUCUCACGAAUGGAGCGACGGCGUUUUGGCGAAUAUCUUUCGAGAAUUCGCGCAAUCUUUCUCCGUAGAUCGUAAAUGGAUUAUAUUCGAUGGCCCUAUCGACGCCGUAUGGAUCGAGAGCAUGAACACGGUGCUCGACGACAAUAAGAAACUUUGUCUGAUGUCGGGAGAAAUUAUAUCGAUGUCGAACAAGAUGAACAUGAUAUUCGAGCCGGCUGAUUUGGAUCACGCGUCGCCGGCCACUGUCAGCAGAUGCGGAAUGAUCUACAUGGAGCCGUCCCAGCUAGGCUGGAAUCCAUUCUUCGAAUCGUACAAAAAAUAUCUCAGAGACAAGUUGCUCUUCGAGCAAUACGAGCUUGUCACAGAACUGAUAGACUGGUUGAUAGAGCCAAUUUUAUUUUUUAUGAGACUCUAUUGUAAAACGUUUAUAGAAAUGUCGGACCUUCAUAUGUUCCUGUCUUUUACAAGACUUUUCACCUCCAUGUUAGACGGAGAGACGCAAGUUAGUACAGUCUGGCUCCAAUGCAUUCUGUUGUUCAGUAUAGUUUGGGGAAUGUGUUCCACAUUAGCGAACGAGAGCAGAAAGGCUUUCGAUGUUUAUCUAAGAAAAUUAUUACUCGGUAACGUAGACGAGCAUCCAAAACCGAAAGCGUUUAAAUUGACGAAGCAACAACUCUUUCCUGAGAAGGGGACAGUUUUCGAGUGGAUAUACGACAAAAGAAACAAUGGUUGCUGGAUAUCAUGGAUGGAUACUACGCUACAGACGAGCUUGUUAACCGACAGGAAAUCUAGUCGACUGAUUAUACCAACGACCGAAGUAAUGAUCCAGCAUUUCUUUUUGACGAGUCUGCUUCAUAGAACGAUACCUGUUCUAUUCGUGGGGCCCACCGGCACCGGGAAAUCUGUUAUUAUUCUGGAUUAUUUGGAAUCCUUGGACAGAGAGAAAUACAUCGAAAAUGUUAUAAACUUCAGUGCUUGUACCACUGCUUCCCAAACGCAAGAGAUGGUCAUGUCGAAGUUAGAUCGUAGAAGAAAGGGUGUUUACGGUCCACCGAUGGGGAAGAAAUGUAUACUCUUUGUCGAUGAUUUAAGCGUUCCACAGAAAGAGAUCUACGGGGCUCAGCCGCCGAUAGAACUGAUUCGUCAAUGGAUAGAUCAUGGGCAUUGGUUCGACGUAAACGAUACCUCGAUUAUAAAUUUGGUGGACAUGUUUUUGAUAUCCGCUAUGUUACCACCCGGAGGAAGUUCGAACGAGGUCACGCCUAGAUUGAUUCGACACACGCACGUAAUUGGCAUCGAUCUGUUCGAGGAAACGACAAUGACGCAAAUUUUCUCCGCGAUCCUCGAGUCGCACUUCGCGAAAGGAUUUAUCCCGGAAGUAUCGAGACUCGGGAAAAUGGUCGUCCAAGCCACCAUGGAGGUAUAUUUCGCUGCAAUAAAAAAUUUUCUGCCCACCCCAGCGAAAAGUCAUUACACCUUUAAUUUGCGUGAUUUUAAUCGAGUCAUCAAAGGUAUACUUCUGGUACCGGCCACCAGAAUGCCGGAUCCGGACAAAUUAAUCAGACUCUGGAUACACGAGGUGUACAGAGUGUUCCACGACAGACUGGUGAACGACGACGAUCAACAAGUUUUGUUCAAAAUGGUCCAGUACACGUGUUACAAUCAAUUGCGACAACCGUUGGAAAAAGUACUCGCUAGAUUCUUGAAAGAGGAUGAGAAAGAAAUCAACAGCUCUCAUAUUCGUGAUCUGUUCUUCGGCAACUAUAUCGAGCCCGAUGCUGAUCCAAAAAUAUACGACGAGGUGACGAAUUUGGAAGACUUGAGAAACAAAAUGGAUUAUUAUUUGAUGGAGUAUAAUAUGCUUUCGAGGACGACGAUGUCUUUGGUUCUGUUCAGAUAUGCUAUCGAGCAUAUCUCUCGUAUUUCUAGAAUACUGUUGCAAGAGAGUGGGCACGCACUUUUGGUAGGAAUGGGCGGUUCGGGUAGGACCUCUUGCGCCAGAUUAGCAACUAGCAUGUGCGAAUAUAUGAUUCACGAGAUUGAAAUGACAAGAACCUAUGGAUUCACCGAGUGGCGAGAAGACAUGAAGAAUUUGUUAUUGCGCGUGGGUUGCCAGGGAAAGUCCACCGUUUUCCUUUUCGGGGAUCAUCAGAUAAAGCAAGAGACUUUCGUGGAAGAUAUAAACAUGAUUCUGAACACUGCUGACAUACCGAAUUUAUACAACACCGAAGAGAUGGCUGAGAUUCUGGACAAAAUGACUAAUCUGAUUCGCGAGACUGUUGGAAAAAGGGCCGAAACCACACCGAUGAUACUUUACAGCUUGUUCCUCGAAACGGUGGUGAAGAAUUUACACCUGAUUUUAACUAUGUCGCCGAUAGGAAACGCGUUUAGAAAUCGCUUAAGAAUGUUCCCGUCUCUGAUAAACUGUUGCACCAUCGAUUGGUACACUAUUUGGCCGGAAGAUGCUUUGGAAAAGGUAGCACGAACGUCGUUGCAAAAUUUGAACAUCGAUCCGAAUUUGCGGGAGAAGUGUGUCCAGGUCUCCAAAGGAUUUCACACGAGUAUCUUUUUCGCCAGCGAAGAUUACUACAAGACCCAAAACAGGAGGUAUUACACCACGCCAACCAGUUUCCUGCAACUGAUCAAACUGCUAUGCAAAUUGUACGAUCAGAAAAUUGACGAGAUUACUUUGCAGCAAAAUCGAUACGAAACAGGCCUGGAGAAAUUGGAUUUCGCUGCUGGAGAGAUAGCGGUUAUGAAAGAAGAGUUGCAAGCGUUGCAACCGAAAUUGUUGGCUCAAUCCGAGUUGAGCAACAAACUGAUGAUCAAGAUAGAACAAGACACGAUUAACAUAGAAGCUAGAAAGGAAGUUGUCGCUGCUGAAGAGGCUCUGGCGAACGAGGCAGCCGCUGCAGCACAGGCUAUAAAAGACGACUGCGAAAGCGACUUGGCGGAAGCCACGCCCGCUUUGGAAGCCGCCUUGGCCGCUCUGGACACCUUGAAACCAGCGGACAUCACUAUCGUCAGGUCUAUGAAGAGUCCACCGGCUGGCGUGAGACUGGUAAUGGAAGCUGUUUGCGUGUUAAAAGGUGUCAAGCCUGAGAAAGUCCAAGACCCAGCAACCGGACAGGUCACGGAGGAUUAUUGGCCAGCCUCCAUAAGGGUCCUCGGCGACAUGAAGUUUCUCGACAGCUUGAGGAACUUCGACAAAGACAAUAUACCUGCGGCUUACAUAAAAAGAAUUCGUGACAAAUUUAUUAACGAUAGAAGCUUUCAGCCGGAGGCCAUCAAGAAAGUUUCCACCGCGUGCGAGGGUCUCUGCAAGUGGGUACGAGCCAUAGAAGUUUACGAUCGUGUGAUCAAGGUUGUCAAGCCGAAGCAAGCGAUGCUCGCGGAGGCAGAGGCCGCCCUUGCCGCGCAGAUGGAAGCGUUGAACGCGAAACGUGCUCUUCUUCAAGAGGUCACGCAGAAAUUGCAAACGCUCAACGACGAGUUCGCCGAAUGCAUGAGGGAGAAGAAGAAACUCGAAGAUCAGAUUGCCUAUUGCAUGCAGAAGCUCGAAAGGGCUGAGAAGCUAUUAGGUGGUUUAAGCGGAGAGAAGAACAGAUGGAGCAGUACAGCCGUAGCGUUAGGAGAGAGUCUUUAUAAUGUUAUUGGGGACGUUUUACUGUCUUCGGGGGUGGUUGCUUAUUUGGGAGCUUUCACGAUUGAAUAUAGAAACAGUUUGAUCGAGAAAUGGCAUUCCUCUUGCGUGGAGGCCGCGAUUCCCUGCGGGUCAAAGUUCACCUUGAUCGAUGUUUUAGGAAGACAAGUGGAAAUCAGAGCGUGGACUAUUCAUGGUUUACCAGCUGACAAUUACUCCGUGGAAAAUGGUAUCAUCGUUAAGAACUCCGAUCGAUGGCCGCUGAUGAUCGAUCCCCAAAACCAGGCGAACAAGUGGGUAAAAAAUAUGGAGAGAGAAAAUAAGUUGGUUGUCAUUAAGCUAUCCGAUCCGAAUUACGUUAAGAUAGUGGAGACUGCUAUACAGCUAGCCACGCCCGUUUUGUUGGAAAAUAUUUUAGAAGAGAUAGACGCGAUAUUAGAACCUGUGCUUCUUAAAAAUGUUUAUAAAGAACGUGGCAUCUUGUAUAUGAAGUUUGGAGAGAACGUUAUCGAAUACAAUCCCGACUUUCGAUUUUAUAUCACGACGCGCUUAAGAAAUCCGCAUUAUUUGCCGGAGGUGGUGGUCAAAGUGAGUUUGUUGAACUUUAUGAUCACUCCCCAAGGGCUCGAGGAUCAGCUGUUAGGUAUCGUUGUCGCCAAAGAGCUGCCUGUUCUCGAAGAGCGAAAAAAUCAAUUGAUAGUCGAAGGCGCGAACAACAGAAAGACACUCGAGGAGAUCGAGGACAAAAUUUUAGAGAUUCUAUCUACGUCGGAAGGUAAUAUUCUCGAGGAUGAAACGGCGAUAACGAUACUAUCGACCUCGAAGAUAAUAUCGGAAGAUAUUCAAGCGAAACAAAAAAUAGCUGCGAAAACAGCGAUAGAGAUCGACCACGCCCGUAACGGAUACACGCCUGUUUCGGGACACGGUUCCGUUCUCUUCUUUUGCAUCUCGGAGCUGACGAAUAUCGAUCCCAUGUAUCAGUAUUCUCUGGUAUGGUUCAUCCAUCUUUACGUAAUGGCUAUAGCCAACAGCGAGCAGACUAAAAACUUAACGAAUCGGAUCAAAAGCUUGAACGAAUACUUCACCGCCAGUAUUUACAAAAACGUGUGCCGUUCUCUGUUCGAGAAAGACAAACUGAUAUUCUCCUUCAUUUUGUGCAUCGGUUUGUUGCGCGCCGCCGAUAAAGUAGACGAGGAUCUUUGGACGUUUUUAUUAACGGGUGGCGUGGCUUUGGAGAAUCCAUAUCCUAAUCCCGACUCGUCCUGGUUGACGGAUAGAUCCUGGUCCGACGUGGUUAAAGCUUCGAACCUGCGUGGAUUGGAAAAAUUGAAGCAGUCUUUUCAGACGCGUACGUCGCAGUGGAAGACUUAUUACGACUUGUCAGACCCUCAAGACAACCCUUUCCCGUCUCCAUUUCACGAGGAGGCCGAGGGUCUAAGGAAACUGGUAAUACUAAGGUGUAUAAGGCCGGAUAAAAUUGUGGUCGCUGUACGGAUGUUUAUCAUACAUCACAUUGGCAAAUUUUUCGUCGAACCUCCAACGUUCGAUCUUCAAGCAUCUUAUAACGAUUCUAGUAACGUAACGCCUCUCAUUUUUAUUCUUUCCCCUGGAUCCGAUCCGAUGGCAGGAUUGAUAAGAUUCGCAGAGAAUUAUGGUAUAUCCAAGAAGAAUCUGAUGACCAUAUCGCUUGGACAAGGACAAGGUCCGAUAGCGGCGCACAUGAUCAAUUUAGGAUUGCAAAGCGGCGAGUGGGUGGUACUUCAGAAUUGCCAUUUGGCAAUCUCGUGGAUGAAUGAACUGGACAGAAUUUGCGACGAGAUAAUUAUACCCGAAACCACGCAUCCUAAAUUUCGAUUAUGGCUGACCAGUUACCCGUCGCAGGACUUUCCAAUCUCUGUUCUGCAAAACGGAGUCAAGAUGACCAACGAGCCACCAAAGGGGCUGAAAAAUAAUUUAUUGCGAAGCUAUCUCAACGAUCCAAUAUCGGAUAAGAAGUUUUAUAACAGCUGUAACAAGAUAUUUGAAUGGAGAAACCUACUUUUCGCUUUAUGCUUCUUUCACGCGGUCGUUCAAGAAAGACGGAAUUUUGGACCAUUAGGAUGGAACAUACCUUAUGAAUUUAACGAAUCAGACCUACGCAUUAGUAUUUUACAAUUACAGCUUUUCUUAAAUGAUUAUGACGAAGUACCUUUCGACGCGCUUCUCUAUAUAACGGGCGAAUGCAAUUAUGGUGGUCGUGUGACCGACGAUAAAGACAGACGUUUGUUAAAUUCGUUGCUUCAGCAAUAUUAUAAUCCUGAAAUUAUCACUAACCAAGAGUACUGUUUUUCGCCAAGUUGUAUGUACCGUAUGCCACCGACUACAGAUUAUCAAGGAUGCUUGGACUAUAUUCGCAGCUUGCCGAUGGACCAGCCACCAGAAGUUUAUGGUUUACACGAGAACGCAGAUAUAACGAAAGAUAAUCAAGAAUCAACGUACUUGCUCGAAGGUGCUCUAUUGACCCAACCGCACAUCACCGGAGUAGGAGUCGAAAGAGACACCGACGAAAUAGUUUUCAGUUUAUGCAAUGAUAUCCUAUCGAAAAUGCGAUUAGAAUUCAACGUUUUGGAAGUAUCGAAGAAGUACCCGGUACUGUACAUGAACAGCAUGAACACGGUUCUCCGACAAGAGAUCAUUCGAUACAAUAAGCUCAUUCUCGUGAUCAAAGACACUUUGGCAAAUGUACAAAAAGCUAUCAAGGGUUUGGUUCUAAUGUCUUCCGAAUUAGAAGAAGUCUCCACGAGCAUCGGUAUCGGGAAAGUACCGGAAGCGUGGCACAAGAACUCGUAUCCGUCGUUGAAACCGCUAGGAAGCUACGUUAAUGAUUUACUGGACAGAUUAGCGUUUUUCCAAGAUUGGAUCGAUAACGAUGCACCGACUGUCUUUUGGAUAUCCGGCUUCUUUUUCACCCAGUCUUUUCUUACGGGUGUUUUGCAAAACUACGCGCGGAAACAAAGGAUUCCGAUUGACAAAUUAGAUUUCGAAUUCGAGAUAACUACGUUCGAAAGCAACAUAGAGACUGCCCCGUCCCAUGGAGUCUAUGUGAAGGGUCUAUUUUUAGAAGGCGCGCGAUGGAAUAAAGAGCUAAAACGACUCGACGAAUCGAAACCUAAAAUAAUGUUCGAUAUUCUGCCUGUAGUAUGGUUGCAACCUGGUAUAAAAGCUACAUUCGUUGUUAAGCUCGUGUACUAUUGUCCCGUGUACAAGACAAGCGCAAGACGCGGUGUUUUGGCAACCACUGGUCAUUCAUCCAACUUCGUCUUAUACAUAUUGCUUCCAACGCACAUCGAUCCAUCCCAUUGGAUAAAAAGAGGAACAGCAUCCUUGUGCCAGCUAAACGAUUAA